GUCAUCAGGUACCCGGAUUGUCUCUGGCUCGACAGCGGGCAUAGGGUCACCAGGUAUGUGACAGCGUUACGGGCACUGGUGGUCACCAGGCCAUCAGCGGGCCACCGGAUUCAUGGUAUCCAGGAUCAUCUGGAUCAACAGCGGGCAAUCGAGUCAACUGGCCUAAUAGGAUCGUCAGGAGUGCUGAUCAGUCAUCAUCGAUGCCUGGGUAGAGGCAUCAGGCCAAGUAGCAGGCUUCAGGGCUUAUCCGAGUAGAGGCUUCAGGCCGAGUAGAGGCUUCAGGCCUUGAGUAGAGGCUUUCAGGCCGAGUAUUGAUGGCAUCAGGAAUCUACGUAGCUAAGUAGAGGCCAUCAGGCGACCGAGUAGAUGGCUUCAGGCCCUGAAGUAGAGGCAUCAGAGCCGAGUAGUAGAGGCAUCAUGCCGAGUAGGACGGCAUGCCAGGAUCCUGAGUUCAGGCUUUACGAGUAGAGGCAUUUCAGGCCGAGUAGAGGCUUCAGGGUCCGAGUAGAUAGGCAUCAGGCCCGAAGUAGAGGCUUUAGCGCCGAGUAGAGGCUUCAGGCCGUAGUAGACCGGCAUCAGGGCUGAAGAGAGGC